CUUCGUUAGCGCACAGUGAAAUAAUAAAAAAAAAAAAAAGUAAUAAAAAUGUACGCCACCGACGAACACAUCCAGGGCUUUUCGUCCUGGAUGCAAUUUGUGAUACACUGCGGCGGAUCAAGGACGAUUUUGCACCUGGGCGUCAUGGUCGAGAGUCUGGUCGGAUUCAUAAACCCGACCAACGCUAUCGAGGUGAUUGAUAGCGUGUGGUUGAUAGCUGCAGGGCAUCAUCCUCCAGAAUUAACUGAAGCCCGCUGGUUUUUUGAGGGCGCCCUGGAGUCGACGGGGCCAUUUGAAGUAGUUAUGGCUCCCAACCACGAGCAGAUCGAGACGCUAUCGGUCUGCCUCAUGGAGACGGCGGAAAGCCUAUUACGCGACUGGACGAGGGCCCUGGUGAGGCUCCAGUAGGAUCCGGCGGGAGUCCCCAUGUCCAGUCAGUGAGGGACGACCGAAAGAGGAG